CAGUUGCAAGACAAACUGUCCAACCAAAGUACAACUAGUCAUUUCUUUUUUCUCCGCUCCCACUUGCCUUCCUUCCACUCUCAAGUUCUCUCUCCCAUCGUCACUCCCAGUCUCCCGCUACAUACCCUAGCUGUCUCUCUCUCUCUCUCUCAAUCAUCGACGAAAUAAGAAGUAAAAGGCAAAUCUUUCGCUCCCCUUCCUUUCUUAAUACCAUGAAAAUUAAUUCAGGCAAGUGAUUCCUUUUUCUUCACCGGGUUUACCACUGCUUCUUGCUUUAAAUGUAUAUAUGCUACGUACUUUCUGCAGCAGAAGACCUGCAAUAAAGAUCCCAACUUGCAGCGUUCUCCGUCCGGUUAUCUUCCAAAUCCAUCCGUCAAACACCUUCGCUCUCUCUCUCUCUCUCUGUCUCUCCAGACGAUGUCGCUGCAGCAGCAGCCGCUGUUCCCAGCGCCGCCGUCAUCAAUGGUUUAUCAGCCAUCCUACGCCUCGCACAAUGGCCGUGGGUCCAUCGGUCCUGUCAUCGCCGUUCUUGCUGUUAUCGCCAUUCUUGGAAUUUUCACCGGCGUCGUUGGCCGACUAUGCUCCGGCCGGAGGAUCGUCGGGCUUGGGCAGUACGACGUCGAAGGGUGGAUCGAGAGGAAGUGCGCCUCUUGUAUCGACGGCCAUAUCGACCACCCGCAGCCUGCGGAUGCUGAUCGGCGGAGCUCUGGCGACGGCGGAGGUGGAGGUCUGGGCUCUGGGGCUGCGCCAGAAGUGAGACAUUCGCCACAGGACCCGCCUGAGACGGCGCAGCACUGAAGCUCCAUUUUUAUAUUGUGAACAAACGGAAAUUCUGCAGAUUUUCCUGUAUUUUUGCUUGAUCUCUUUUUUGUACCGCUUUCACCAUAUGAUCCACUAUUAAUUUUCCUUCCUAAUGAAAGGUUAAAUCCAUUUAAUUUUCCUAAUGAAAGGUGGAGCGUUUGUAUGGACGGAUCGCCUGUUAUGUGAUUUGAUCUACUUUAUUACUGUAGAAAAUAAUAAAAACAUUCCAAAGACAGGCAGAGA